AUGAGCGGCGGUUCUAGGGUUUCGAUUCCGAACAAUCUUCGGAAGAUGAUCCUGGACAUCAAAGAGAUCACAGGGAAGCAUAGCGAUGAAGAUAUUUACGCAGUGCUCCAAGAGUGCGAUAUGGAUCCGAAUGAAACCGCUCAAAAGCUUCUGUAUCUCGAUACAUUUCAUGAGGUUAGAAGGAAGCGGGAUCGGAGAAAAGUGAAUGUGAUCAGCAAAGCCUCUGAAGAAUCUAGGUUCUCAGCAGGCAUGCCAUGGCGUGGUGCUAGGGGUGUUCGAGGGAACUAUUCAUCACCUAACGUUUCUGGCGAUGCUGGUGGUGGGAGGAAUGCGAACAUUCAAAAGGAAAAUGGAGUCACUAAACGCACAGAAAGAGGUUCUAGGUUUUCUAAGCCAGUUGUGCAUAGAACAGAAAAUGUUACAACAGUUUCUCUUGCAGGUUCAUCAACUGUCUCUGUUAACGGUCCAAUGAGCAUAUCUAAUGGGAGUUUGACACAAGGACCUGUGCCCGAAUCGCCUACAGGAAAUCAACACGUUGUGACUGAAUCAAGUGCCUCUCUUCUGGCUGGGAGCAGUUCAAGUACUAGUCAAGAUGUUGCUAAUGUUCGUCAAGCAGCAUCAGGAAUUGUUAGCUCCGCUGACAGAACUGGGCCAAGAGUAUCUGAGGGAGUCGAAACAAAUCAUCUGUCUCAGUCUUCAAAUGCCCCUUCAAAGGCUGCAGACAUGAUAGAUGUGAUAUGUUUAAUUGGGAAAGUCUGGUUGACCUAUCUUUGCUUAGUAUCAUCUGAACCUGAAUCUGUGGCUGUUUUUAAUUCAUCUUCACUUCCUGAGGUUGAUGAUUCUAUCUUGGAGGAAGCAACUUCAAAGUUUGAAAUAAUGAAGCUGGAAAAGAUAUAUCACUCUGCUCAUCAGCCUGUUAUUUUUCCCAAUCAUCUGCAAGUCCCAGAAGCUUUUAGGAAUGCAUUGACUUUUGGAAGUCUGGAUGAUAUUUUUGGAGGCAAGGGCUUUGCACCUAUUGCUGAAUCUGUUCAUGAGAAUGGUGAAGCUACAGGAGAACCUUCUUUGAGCAAUCAAAUUGUGUCCACUGCUCAAGAGGGUGAUCAUCCUUAUCAUCCACAAUCUUCUCCACAUAUGAUUGAAAACGUAUCACCUUCAGAAGACAAUGUCUCAUCUGGUGAGGUACUAAAGUUUGAGCAGUCAAAGCAGGAGAAUAUGCUGCCUCUAGGGGGACCUCAGUACCCUAUUUUUCAAACUGCCCCAGACUAUAGUUUUGGCCCUGUGCCUCCUAUGCUGGGGCCCCGUCUUGUACAAAUUGAUGGACCUGAGCUACAGAGUGGUUCACAUGUUCUGUCCACAUCAACUUCAAAUCCACCCGCAACUCAGCCUGUGGGAGUUGGGCAGAAUUCUUUAGCUGUAUCUUCUCAGCUGUUUCCUUUUUACCGGCAGCCUUAUCCUCCUAACUACCUUCCAUAUGGCCCCUAUUUCCCUCAGGUUUAUUUGCCACAAAAUGCACACCAGUUUUUAGGCCACAGGGAAUUCCCUCAGCAACCUCCGUCUGGUAAUGUAUAUAUACCACCAGCCGUACCUGCCACUGGGGUUAAAUUUCCUGUUCCGCCACUGUACAAGCCAGGAACUAAUGCAGAACAUCCUCCCCAUUUUGGAACACCAUCGGGCUUUGGUUCAUAUGGAUCCUCCCCAGUGGUUUACAGUUCCAGUGCUGCUUUGCCUCCAGGGAGUUCAUCUGGUAAUGGUAAUGAAGAUAGAGCAUCUGAGCUGAAGGAAAAUAAUAUGCACUCAGCUGUACAACAGGGCCAGCAUGUUGCUUUCUCACCACCACAGGCCGGUCUUGGUGCUUUUGCUGGAAUUUAUCAUCCAGCUCAGACAAUGGCUGCUCCAUCUACUGUUCAUCCAUUUCUGCAACAUCCUCAGGCUAUGGUUGGGUCAGUCGAAUCUUUGGUAUCCUCAUCUGGUGCUCAUCAGCAAUCGCAGCAUGCAUAGAUAAGUUGGAACACUAAAUUACAGAAUAGAGAAACUUCUGACACCCAACAACGCGAGCUUUUUUAGAGCUUUGUGCAAGUUAGUUUUGACAAAACGCAUUAAGGAGAAUAUGAAAACUUGUCCCAACCUGAGUGUAAAUAUAAAAUAUAGCCCUGAAAUUUUCAAAGUACUCUUGGGUCUGAACUAUAUAAGAAAAUAUCCACCGAGAUGCCUAUAGGUGUAGAGCUUUGGUUGCUCGUGCAGCUUUUAGUUGGCCAUUUUCCUCAUUGAAUUUGAUCUUAAUCGUAAACAGUUAGAUGUUUUCUUCUUCUUCUUCUUCUU